AGGUUCAAGCGAUUUUCCCCAUUACAAUAACAUCAAAGUUCUACAAUGAGUGCAUGGGAUGCAUACAUUUCAAACAUGAAGAGCUCAGGCCUUCAAAUCUGUGGCAUUUAUGGUCUUGAAGGUGGUCAGUGGGCACAGUCUCCUGAAAUGAAGGCAUCACAACAGGAAGUGGCUUCCAUUGUUUCUGGGAUUCAGUCGCAGAAUUUUCCCAAUGGUGUCCAUAUUGGAGGUGUUCGAUACACUGUAAUCCGUAUUUUUCCAGAUACCGUUACAGCGAAGUGCAGGGGGGCUGCAAAGGAGGAAGAAAACUACCUACUUCAUGCAGCUCUAGCCAAAACAUGUGUCAUUAUAGGUGGAAUGUGUGGCCCUGCAGAGCGAGAUACCACUAAGCUUGUAGAAGAUAUUAGAGAUUACCUUGUUAAGAGUAACUACUAAUGUUACGUGGGUGGCAUUGCUGUUUAUUACACUGUAAUCUUUUAUUUACUGUUAAAGCCAACAAAUCCGAAAAAUAACUUAUUACAUAUAAGUUCUCAAAAGCCUUUUAGAGACUGGGAUUGUUUGUACUGUAUAUUAUUAUUUAUUUUUUUUAGCUAAUUAGUCUGCAUUAAAAGGUAGUUGCCAUAUUUAAAUGAUAAUUUGCUCACUUAUAUUUGCUGAGAGAAGUGUGGAAUAGGGUUUACUAUAAUUUGUGAGGGGUGAGUGUAGAUAGAUGGCUAUAUUCCUCUUCUGGAAUUUAAAAAAAAAAUGUAUGAUUGGCAUGAAUUCACACAAGUUAGUAAUAAAUAUAAGGAAAAAAAAAGAGAGAUUGUAUUGAUGAAAUAGCUUCUGCUGUGAAUGUUUUAAAGAGUUAACAUUCUGCAGAUAGGGUUACCAAGUUGUUUUAAAGUGAACACAUUCUGUCAAGAAAAUUACAUUUUUAAAUGCUUUGCCAAAUAUUUUUUAAUACAGCUAUUACCUCUGUUUGAAAAGGCUGGUGUAAGGCAGUGUUUCCAAAAUCAAAUUAGUAUCUUAUUACCUGCCAUUUUGAUUUUUUAAUGUUUGAAUAUGUGGUCAGUCACAAUGUUCAUUAUUAGUAUUUUGCAUAGUCUAACAAUUACUACAUAUGUGAAGUAUUUUUGCCAUUUCUGUCAAAGAAAAAUUAAAAUAGCUUUCUUAAAGAUAAAAGAAUCGAUGCAAUUUCACAAUUGUCCUGCUUUAUUUCUUUUUAUUUCAGCAAUGACAUUUUUGUAGGAUUGACCUCUUGGACAGUUCUAUUUUUAAAUAAUUUAUGUUUGCAGACAAAAAAGAAGUUCUGGGCAAUUUAAUUUGGAACUCAAAAUGUUGUUUUGCCGACAGUAUUUUCUUGCUUGUUAUGCUUUGAUAUAAUGCAC